CGAUAGUUGUUUACCUUUUUCCCACAAAAAAAAUAAAACAUUUACAAAACAAAAGUAUUUGUACAAUUCGAAAUGGCUAAUGCUGUUGUUUCUUAAGCUGUAAUAAAAUGUAAGCGUGGAUCCUGUGGCAAGUAUCGCAGCAAUCUCGGCAAUCCCCCCUUUUCAAUCCGCGAGCUUGGUGCUCCCGCAUAGUUGCCAAUUGUGCCGGACGCACUAUGGAGCAGGACGAGGAGCAGUCGCCGGAACAGCCCAUGGCUAAGGAACUGGACAUGGACCAGUCCCCAGUGGAUGUGGCGCAGUCUUAUAUAACACGGGCGAAGAUGAAUCCGGCCAAAAAGGACAAUGAGAAGCGUAGACGGAAGGAUGCCAUGCGAAGGGUUUCGAUGAUAAUGAGGAAAUGUGACUCUUUGCGCUCGGCAGACGAUCGCCAGUUCCUCGAGAAGCAUCCUGACAUGGUGAAGGCCACCAAGAAGCGCAAGGAACGGGUUGAGAUCUACAAAGAGCGGGUAGUGGAGCGAGAGGAUGCGGCGCACGUAAUCGAGGCCAAGGUGGAACAGCUAGCCAACAUCAUAUCGCAGGCCAAGCACCUAGUUUGCUACACGGGAGCUGGGAUAAGCACGGCAGCCCUCAUUCCGGACUAUCGGGGUAGCCAAGGCAUCUGGACAUUGCUGCAGAAGGGCCAGGAGAUUGGCGAGCACGAUUUGUCCAGCGCAAAUCCCACCUACACGCAUAUGGCAUUGUAUGAGUUGCACCGCCGGCGAAUCCUUCAUCAUGUGGUGUCCCAAAACUGUGAUGGCCUGCACUUAAGAUCCGGCUUGCCGCGACAAUCGUUGUCGGAAAUUCACGGGAACAUGUACGUAGAGGUGUGCAAGAACUGUCGGCCAAAUGGUAUAUAUUGGCGACAGUUUGACACCACGGAGAUGACGGCCCGGUACUGCCACAAGACCCACCGCCUGUGUCACAGAUGCUCCGAGCCCUUGUACGACACCAUUGUACACUUUGGAGAGCGGGGAAAUCUAAAGUGGCCCUUGAACUGGGCUGGAGCAACCGCUAAUGCUGAACGCGCUGACGUAAUUCUCUGCCUGGGAUCAAGUCUGAAAGUGCUGAAGAAGUACACAUGGUUGUGGCAGAUGGAUCGGCCUGCUCGACAACGUGCUAAGAUUUGUGUGGUGAACUUGCAGUGGACACCAAAGGACUCGAUUGCCAGCAUAAAGAUCAACGGAAAGUGCGAUCGGGUAAUGGCCCAGUUGAUGCACCUGCUUAACAUUUCAGUGCCCGUUUACACAAAGGAAAAAGAUCCCAUUUUUGCCCAUGCCUCGCUCCUAAUGCCCGAGGAGUUGCACACUCUAACGCAACCACUGCUGAAGAAUGCCGACGAGGAAGAAGCCUUCACCACCACCACCGAAGAAACACAAGACUCGACCAUUUCCAGCGAGAGCUGCAGCUUCAACUACAGUGAUUUUCCCAUCGGAAAGGGACCUCGCAUUCGGACGCCCAUCAAGAACGGUAGACGAAUCAAGACCAACUUGGAGUUGCGCCAGAAAUUCAAAGUUGAGGAAGAAAUCACAGUAGAGCAGACCGUUGCUAAUGGGGCGAUAGCUACCGAGAAUGGAUCCAUCCUAGAGGUGGAGGAAAAAUCUAUUAAAAUAGAGACUGAAGUGAAACUGGACGAUAUUGAAAUUAAGGAGACGGUGGUGAAGCAGGAAAUGCAUCUUUUGGAGCUUCUGCCAAAAUUGGAACCUCUCACCCUAAAAGAAGAGUCGGAUGAAAUGAUACAACUGCCCAAACUAGUCGCCAUACAACAAACACAAGUGGAAGUGGAAAACAACGUCACUUCUCCAAAAGAGAUCAAAUUAGAGCCACUGCAGCUGCCACCAUUGGUACCUAUCGGAGCGCCUCUUUCUACGCCUUUUGUGGAGCCAAAGCCUGCUUUUCACAGCCUACAAAUUCAGGUCCAGAGCGAUGAUGGAUCCAGCACAGAGAACGAGAACGACGAUCAGGACGAGGAUGAUGAAAGCGAGCUGGCCCAAGUGGAUUUGCUGCGGUUGAACAAUGACGAGGAGCUCCUUCGCCAGCUACCCACUUGGCAUGAUGCUAAGUACGCGUAUUCCGGCCUGCACAGCAUACUGAUACCUCCGCCACCCGAUCUCAACAUCUGGAAUUCGCAGGUGGUGCCGAACUUUGCGAUGAACCGAUCCGCCGCAAGCUGCGAUUUCUGUUUCGAUCACUAUGCUGAGCUGGAUUGCCAGUUUUAUCGGCGGUGGAACCUCAACCAGCGAAAGCACAAGAAGCGGGCCAGGAGCGGCCGGUUUGUGGUCUGCGAAUGCUGUCCCACCUCCGACGAUGAGGAUGACUAUGACGAGAAUAUAUCGCUGGCACACAUAGCGGCUGCCGAAACAGCUAAACGGAGACAGCAACUGAGCACCAGCUUCCCGCGGAAACUGGCCCGCACUCAAGCCGGUUGGUAUGGCAAGGGAUACAAAAAGGGUCGGAAACGCCGGUAAAUCACAGCACCUCCAUCCCAUAAGUCAAAACGGCCGUGAUCCUACCCCAAACACCGAGUGGGUCGGUACUUAAAAUUAAUAUUCAAGUCCAGGCAUAGGCUUGGAAUUCAAGGAACAAAUCGACCCGCUCCAACCGAGAUUAAAUGCUCGCUUCGAUAGUAUUUUUUAGCUGUAGAAUGGAUAAGUCAUAGCAUAGACGGUAGUGCCAGCUAGAAUAGGGUAGGGAUCCGUUUUUCGGUCAUUAUUAAGAGUUUUUUAAAUUGUCACAUCCUUGUUUCCAUGUCAUUGAAUGUCCUUUUAUUCGUAAUCGUAAUUGUCCAUCAACGUUAUUUAUUAAGAGUCCCAUGUUUCUGUAGCUUAAGUUAUGUAUGAUUUGUCACAAUUUUAAUGGUAUUUUUGCAUUUUUAGUCUUGUCAUCGGUAAAUUUUUAAAGAACUUAUGUUUGUAUGUUUUUAAGCAAAUCACCAACUUAUUGGUUCAAUUUUAAAGUGUGUUUUUAAAAUCUUACUUCCGCCCUUUACACUUUAAGUCAA